AUGCUGGAUGGCCAAUCCCAGGUAGUCCUGGAGGGUACCCGCCCGGGGGACCUCCUGCAUUCCCUUGGAUCGGCAAUCGAGUCCAAUCGACAGCCAUUCUGCACUGAUAGCGAGGGCUGGGGUCCCUUCAGCUCAUCGAGGUUCGAUCUGACGCCAUGCUUCCUCGACGUGGUCGUGGCCGUAGUGGCUGUAUGGGGUACGCUUAGUGGACUGGGUGCCUUGUGGCUGUUGUUGAAGAAGCGGAUUCCUCAGCCUGUGUCCAAGAACUGGCACUUCUACACCAAGUUGGUCGUACUCGCUGCUAUCAUCGCUGUCACAGCUCUGCAAGCUGCUAUCCAAAUCGAAUCGCAGCCGAAAGCCUUCUACGCCGACUUCCGCUUCUGGUCCUCCGUAACGACCAUAGUAUCGCUCGGUGUGAUAACCUCUGUGCAAUACCUUGAGCAUUGGCGGAGUAGACAGCCCAACGGAGUUGUACUCUUCUACUGGCUCUUCUUCAUCAUCGCAUACGCGGUCAAGUUGCGCUCAUUGGUCGCGCGCAAAGGAUAUGUCGGCGAACUUCCUUAUUUCGUCUGCGUCAAUGUGGCCCUUGGACUCGCGUUGUUCGAGUUCGUGCUCGAAUACUUCGUCCCCAAGAAGCAAAGCGCAUAUGAUGCUCUUGGCGACGAGGAUGAAUGUCCAUACAACUAUGCAGAUAUCUUCUCCGUUCUCACAUUUGGCUGGAUGACCCCAAUGAUGAAAUUCGGAUACAACAACUAUCUUACCCAGGAUGAUCUCUGGAAUCUCCGGCGUCGCGAUACGACUCGAGCCACUGGAGGCGAUCUGAAGGCCUCGUGGGAGGAACAGCUCGAGACAAAGAAGCCUUCCUUGUGGAUUGCACUCUUCAAGGCCUUUGGUGGUCCCUAUGUUCGUGGAGCAAUCAUCAAAUCCGGGAGCGAUAUCCUUGCUUUUGUGCAGCCACAACUCCUUCGGUUGCUCAUUUCCUUCAUUGAUUCGUACCGAGGAUCCGAGCCGCAACCUGUGAUCAGGGGUAUUGCAAUUGCAUUGUCUAUGUUCAUCGUUUCCGUCUGCCAGACGAGCUUCCUUCACCAGUACUUCCAGCGUGCUUUCGACACCGGUAUGAGAGUCAAAUCAGCCUUGACAGCCAUGAUCUACGCCAAGUCGUUGAAGUUGUCUAACGAAGGACGGUCGACCAAGACCACCGGUGACAUUGUUAACCACAUGGCUGUUGAUCAACAACGUCUGUCAGAUCUGACCCAGUUCGGUACUCAGCUCAUCUCUGCUCCAUUCCAAAUCACUCUGUGCAUGGUCUCUCUCUACCAACUCGUAGGACCCAGCAUGUUUGCCGGUGUUGGUGUGAUGAUUCUCAUGAUCCCUCUCAAUGGAGUCAUUGCUCGGGCCAUGAAGAAGCUGCAAAUUGUUCAGAUGAAGAACAAGGAUUCGAGAACCCGACUGAUGACCGAGAUUCUCAACAACAUCAAGAGUAUCAAGCUUUAUGCUUGGAACACGGCUUUUAUGAACAAACUCAGCCAUAUUCGAAACGAUCUUGAGUUGAACACUCUUCGCAAAAUCGGAGCUACCCAAUCUGUUGCCAACUUCACCUGGCAGUCUACUCCGUUCCUCGUCUCCUGCUCUACGUUCACCGUAUUUGUGUUGACGAGCGACAAGCCUCUCACUACCGAGAUUGUGUUCCCUGCUUUGACACUAUUCAAUUUGCUGACUUUCCCGCUUUCCAUCUUGCCCAUGGUCAUCACAUCCAUUAUCGAAUCUUCCGUCGCCGUGAAGCGCUUGAUGGACUACUUCACCGCAGAGGAACUGCAGACCGAUGCUGUCGAAUUCCAAGAUCCUGUCGCGCACCUCGGUGACGAGGCCGUUCGCGUUCGCGAUGCCUCCUUCACUUGGAACAGACACGAGGGAGUCAAUGUUCUGGAGAACAUCGAUCUCAGUGCCCGGAAGGGCGAGCUCAGCUGUAUUGUUGGGCGGGUUGGCUCCGGAAAAUCUUCCCUUCUACAGUCAUUGCUCGGCGAUCUGUGGAAGACUCAGGGUGAGGUAGUCGUACGUGGCCGUGUCGCGUACGUAGCCCAGGCACCCUGGGUCAUGAACGCUAGCGUCCGGGAGAACAUCGUGUUUGGGCACCGCUGGGACCCAGCAUUUUAUGACCUCGCCGUUGAAGCUUGUGCCCUGCUUGAUGAUUUCAAGAAUUUGCCCGAUGGUGACCAAACGGAAGUCGGAGAACGUGGAAUCUCGCUCUCCGGUGGUCAAAAGGCUCGAUUGACUCUUGCCAGAGCUGUCUACGCCCGCGCCGAUAUCUAUCUUUUGGACGACAUUCUGUCGGCAGUUGAUCAGCACGUCGGUCGCCACAUAAUUAACAAGGUUCUUGGAAAGACAGGUCUGCUUAGUGGUAAGACCAGAAUCCUUGCCACAAAUGCAAUCACUGUGCUCAAGGAGGCCGACUUCAUCGGUUUGCUGCGGGACAAAACUAUUAUCGAGGAAGGAACAUAUGAGCAACUCAUGGCCAUGAAGGGCGAAAUUGCUAAUCUAGUUCGCACUACCAUGGCUGACUCAGAUGACGAAGGCACGGUUAGUGGCUCGGAAGAUCUUGCGAGCCUUGAAAGCUCUGUCACGACCACCAUUGUUCAGAAUGGUGGUUCGUCGGACAGUGAAGAGGCAGAGCAGCCUGGUGAUCUGAUCCCCAUCCGCAGUGGUCCACACGGAGAAGCACGGAGACGAACAUCCACUGUCACGCUGCGUCGUGCAAGCACCGUCAGUUGGCAGGGCCCUCGACGCAAGCUGGGAGAUGAGGAGAACGUUCUCAAAAGCAAACAGACGCAAGAAACAUCACAGCAGGGCAAGGUUAAAUGGGAUGUGUACGGCCAAUAUGCCAAGGACAGCAACAUCACGGCCGUCGGGUUCUAUCUGUUUGCCAUGUUGGCUGCUCAAACUGCCCAGGUUGUUGGCAACUUCUGGCUGAAGAGCUGGACCGAAGCCAACGAAGCCAAAGGAAGCAAUGCCGACGUCGGCAAAUUCAUUGGUGUCUACUUGGCUCUUGGUCUGGGUUCAUCCCUUUUGGUCAUCUUACAAAACCUGAUCCUCUGGAUUUUCUGCUCCAUCGAGGCAUCCCGCAAGCUUCACGAGAGAAUGGCGUUCGCUAUCUUCCGCUCUCCCAUGAGCUUCUUUGAGACCACCCCCUCUGGUAGAAUCCUCAACCGUUUCUCCAGUGACAUCUACAGAGUCGAUGAGGUACUUGCUCGCACCUUCAACAUGCUGUUCGCAAACUCUGCUCGCGCGAUCUUCACCAUGGUUGUCAUUGCUACUUCUACCCCGGCCUUCCUCAUCUUCGUUAUUCCCCUGAGUUAUAUCUAUCUCAGCUACCAGAAGUACUACCUUCGAACUUCCCGCGAGUUGAAGCGCCUGGACAGUGUCACCCGAAGCCCGAUUUUCGCCCAUUUCCAGGAGUCCCUGGGUGGCGUCUCAACUAUUCGUGCUUACCGACAGGAGAAUCGCUUCACGCUCGAGAACGAAUGGCGCAUGGACGCCAAUCUGCGCGCAUACUUCCCAUCCAUCAGCGCUAAUCGCUGGCUUGCUGUUCGCCUCGAGUUCAUUGGUUCAAUCAUUAUUCUUGCAUCCGCCGGACUUGCCAUCACAUCGGUUGCUACGGGUAGUCGCCUUUCUGCAGGCAUGGUCGGUCUGGCCAUGUCGUACGCCCUUCAGAUCACCCAGUCCCUGAACUGGAUUGUCCGUCAGACGGUCGAGGUUGAGACUAACAUCGUGUCGGUCGAGCGAGUCCUCGAGUAUGCCAAUCUGCCAAAUGAGGCCCCUGAUGUGAUUUUCAAGCGCCGCCCUGCCAUUGGAUGGCCCGCCCAAGGUGCUGUCUCUUUCAACGACUACAGCACCCGCUAUCGCCCUGGAUUGGAUCUUGUGCUCAAGGAUGUCAAUCUGGACAUUAAGCCCAAAGAGAAGAUCGGUGUUGUUGGCCGAACGGGUGCUGGAAAGAGUUCGCUUACUCUGGCUCUCUUCCGUAUUAUCGAGGGUGUCAAUGGAAACAUUGGCAUUGACGGCCUCGACAUCUCUACCAUCGGUUUGACUGACCUUCGUGGCCGCCUCGCCAUCAUUCCCCAAGAUCCUGCCAUGUUCGAAGGUACUCUUCGUGACAACCUGGAUCCUCGUCAUGUUCAUGAUGAUACUGAACUGUGGAGCGUACUGGACCAUGCAAGGUUGAAGGACCAUGUUUCCCAGAUGGAAGGCCAACUUGAUGCUCAGAUACAGGAAGGAGGCUCCAAUCUGAGUCAAGGACAGCGUCAGCUGGUGAACCUCGCCCGCGCCCUCUUGACUCCCAGCAAUAUCCUUGUUCUGGACGAGGCAACUGCUGCCGUUGAUGUCGAAACCGAUGCACUCCUGCAGCGCACCUUGCGCAGCAGCGUCUUCUCCGAUCGAACUAUUAUUACAAUUGCGCACCGCAUCAACACUAUCAUCGACUCAGAUCGCAUUGUCGUUCUAGACAAGGGGCGAGUGGCUGAGUUCGACACCCCCGCAGAGCUGAUCAAACGCGGCGGCAAAUUCUACGAGUUGGCCAAGGAGGCCGGUCUGCUUGACAGCGACGGCUCCAUCUCACAAGCGUUGUAA